AUGGCGAACGAACAAGCCAACGGUCACACUAUCAGCGCAGACGAGAUUGCUCUCUAUGACCGACAGAUCCGUCUCUGGGGCGUGAAAGCACAGGAGAAACUGAGAUCAGCGAAAAUCCUCCUGAUUACUUUCAAGGCAUUGGCCAACGAAAUUGCAAAGAAUCUUGUCCUUGCUGGCAUUGGCUCAUUGACAAUCCUUGACCAUGAAGCCGUCACUGAGAUGGAUCUGUGUGCUCAAUUUUUCGUCUCCCAGGAGCAUGUCGGGCAAAAUCGAGCGCAAGCUGCAGCUCCUCAGGUCAGAGCCAUGAAUCCGCGAGUGCAGUUGCACGUCGACACAGAUGAUGUCCGAAAUAAGCCUCCAGAAUACUUUGGAGGUUUCGAUGUGAUUAUAGCAACAGACCUGGAUUUCGACUCGUAUGCUACAAUCAAUGCAGCCUGUCGUAUCUCCAAUCGCCGGUUCUAUGCAGCAGGACUACACGGGUUUUAUGGGUAUGCAUUUGCAGAUCUGAUAUCGCACGAUUUUGUCAUUGAGCGUGAGAAAUCGAACAUGGCAUCCCAGCUGCAAGAGACGCCCACACGAUCAAUCGUCAAUAUCACGACCAAACGAGAAAACGAAAAGAUCAUUGAAAUGGUCACCAAACGCGAAAUCUACUCCCCUCUCCUGCUCGCCAACAGCUCCCCCCUCCCCGAAGAAUAUACCCGCAUCGCGCGCAGGAAGAAAAACGUAACACCGCUCCUGAGCUGCCUUCGCGCGCUCUGGGAGUUCCAGCGAGCAUCCAACGGCAAACUCCCAAGCUUCUCGCGCGCCGAACUCGAAGCGUUCACACUCCUUGUCAACGAGCGCCAUCGCGAACUCCAACUCGACAUCAGCACAAUCGACUCCUCAUUCCUCCGCAGCUUUCUUGAAAACCUAGGCUGCGAAUUAAGCCCCGUCGCUGCAUUCCUUGGCGGCAGUCUUGCACAGGACGUGAUCAAUGUGCUGGGUGCCCGUGAGCAGCCCCUGCAGAAUCUACUGUUGUUCGAUGGAGAGAAAAAUAUCGCCCCUAUAUAUCCUCUGCAUCCCAUUUUCCCGCCUCAGAUUGAGAAUAUGGCCGCAAAAGUGUCGCCGAGUGCUGCUACUACUACCGCUACCACCUUACCAGUUCUUCCCAAUCCGUCUGCAUCAGUCCCUGCUCCAUGA